CACUUCAGUUUGCUGCAGUCGGAGCUCGUCUGGACUUUGGGAACAGUACUGUUAUUUUAACUGCAUUUUCCAGCUGCAAACAUGGCUCAGAUCAACAUCUGCCUCAAACGCAUCUUCACUGUCUUCAACAUAUUCUUCAUGGUUGUUGGUGCAGUGGUCAUCGUCCUCGCUCUGUGGUGCCAGUUCUUCAUGGACAAUCGAGGAGGACACAACCUUGAGGGUCGCUUCACCCAACUCUUCUUCCUCUACAUGGUGGGCUGCAUCACCAUGAUGAUCGCUGUGCUGGGAGCCUACGGAGCCCACAAGGAGAGCAAAGUGGCCCUGAUCAUGUUCCUGGUGUUUAUGGUCAUUGGAUCCCUGCUGAUGCUCAUAAUUGGAAUCCCUGCUGCCAUCAUUCAUCCUCAGCUCAAAGGCAUCAUGGAGAAGACCUUCAGUGGGUUUGUGCCUCUGGACAAAUCUUCAGAGGAUGUGAGGAACAUGGCUGAGGGCAUUCAGGAGAAGGUGAGAUAUUCUAACUCGCUCGCUGCGAUCUCUUAAUCUAUUUAAAAUGAGUUUUUCUUUUUCUUUGGUUGUCAAUACAUACAAUUUACAUUCGUGGAAAAAAGAUGCAUUCAAUCAGGGCAUAAAACAUUUAGCACUUGCAAACUGGUGAUGAUGUAAAAUAACACCAGAUGAGCUUUAAAACGUGACAUAAUACACUGUGCCAUUAUUUAUAUACAGAUGAUAGUUGGCAGCAAGUGAGCUUUCAGAAUAAGAGCAAGCGAACUGUCCACAAGUAAUUUGAUCACUUUUUUU